AUGGUCCAUCAGCUUCACCACAACCCCCCUUUCCGUGCCGAACACCUUGGUUCGCUCCUUCGUACCGAUGAACUGUUGAAGACAAAGACAGCUUUUGAACAGGGGCAGGUCUCUCAGGCUGACCUUGCUGCUGUCGAGAACAAGGAUAUCAAGGAGAUUGCUGAAACUCAGAAGAAGCUUGGCUACGCCGCCGUCUCGGAUGGAGAAUACCGUAGACACAUGUUCUGGGGAUCUUUUUUCCCUGGACUUGAUGGUUUUGAGGAAGUAAACGACAUCGAUGCCGAUGUCUUCCGUCCCUAUGCCCCCGAUGUUGCUGCUUUCCUCGAAGCUGGACACAAGCCUGGUGAGAGUGUCAUCUGUACUGGCAAAAUCAAGCACGUCGGUAGCACCUAUAUCGACGAGUUCAAGUACAUGGCGAGCGUUGUUCCCCCAGAGGAGAUCAAGAACAUCAAACUGACCCUUGCUGCUCCUAACUGGUAUCACUUGCGGUAUAAGGAGGGCAAGGCAUACCCGAAGGAUGUGUAUGCCACUGAUGACGAGUACUUCGGCGAUAUCGCCAAGGCAUAUCAGGAUGAGCUCCAGAUCCUCUAUGACGCUGGUUGCAGGAAUGUUCAAUUUGAUGACCCCAACCUGGCUUACUUCUGUUCUGACAAGAUGCUCGCGGGCUGGGAAGCAGACCCAUUGAAUGUGAUCUCAGCUGAUGAGACAUUCGAGAAGUACAUCAAACUCUAUAACGAUUUGCUUUCCAAGCGUCCCGCCGAUUUCCACGUUGGUGUACACAUUUGCCGUGGUAACUUCGUCGGUAGCCGUCACUUCUCUGAAGGUGGAUAUGACCGUAUUGCAACCAAGCUGUUCAAGGAGCUCAAUGUCGACACAUACUAUCUCGAGUAUGACACCCCUCGCGCCGGCGGUUUUGAGCCACUGAAGGAACUUCCUACACACAAGAAUGUAAUUCUAGGUGUCGUGACCAGCAAGUUCCCUGAGCUUGAGGACAAGGAAGAAAUGAAGAAGCGCGUCUACGACGCCGCCAAGUUCAUCGCGGAAGGCAACAACAUCCCCGUUGAAGAGGCGUUGAAGCAGGUCGGUGUUAGCCCACAGUGUGGUUUCGCUAGCCACAGAGAAGGCAAUGCCAUUGACCGAAACGGCAUGAUUGCCAAGCUGAAGCUUGUCCGGGAAGUUGCCAAUGACAUCUGGCCUGGUGAGCUUUAA